AUGGAGGAUGUGAGGAGGGGUGGUGCUUCCAAAUCUUCUGGAACUGCUGGGGGACUUCAUACACACCUGCUGCGGGAGCCCGAGACCCGGGGGCGAGGGGCGGGCCCCGGGGCGCUCCCAGAAAGGCUCACGGCUGCCAUCAAGGGGGCCCUGUGCACCCCGUCUCCGGGGUCCUGCGCCCGGCCUGCACGGCAGCCGCUCGUGUCCGGAUGCUAG